AUGGCUCGUAGUUUUAGAAUCAAAGUUCCAGCAUCAUCAGCCAACAUUGGUCCAGGUUACGAUGUCCUAGGUAUUGGUCUAUCAUUAUUCUUGGAAUUAAACGUUACAAUUGAUUCAUCUCAAGCUCAUGAAACCAACGACGAUCCAAACAAUUGUAAAUUGACAUACAGUGAAGAUAGUGAAGGGUUCGACUCAGUUCCAUUGCAAUCAGAUGCCAAUUUGAUCACUAGAACUGCAUUAUAUGUCUUACGUUGUAACAACAUUAGAAGUUUCCCAUCGGGUACAAAGGUUCAUAUCCAUAACCCAAUCCCAUUGGGUCGUGGGUUAGGCUCUUCAGGUGCCGCAGUUGUCGGUGGUGUGGUUCUAGCUAAUGAAGUUGGGAAAUUAGGCUUCACUAGACAACGUAUGCUAGAUUUCUGUCUAAUGAUUGAACGUCAUCCAGAUAACAUUACCGCUGCUAUGAUGGGCGGAUUCUGUGGAUCAUUCUUAAGAGAUUUAACUCCACAAGAAAUAGAGAGACGUGAAAUCCCACUAGCAGAAGUACUUCCAGAACCAUCUGGUGGUGAAAACACUGGGUUAGUCCCACCUUUACCUCCAACUGAUAUUGGUAGACAUGUUAAAUACUCUUGGAAUCCAGCUAUCAAAUGUAUUGCUAUCAUUCCAAAUUUCGAAUUGUCUACUGCUGAUUCAAGAGGUGUAUUACCAAAGGCUUACACUACUCAAGAUUUAGUUUUCAAUUUACAAAGAUUGGCUGUCUUGACCGCAUCUUUGACCAUGGAUCCACCUGAUUCUGAAUUGAUUUAUCCGGCCAUGCAAGAUCGUGUCCAUCAACCAUAUAGAAAGACUUUGAUUCCUGGCUUGACUGAAAUUUUGUCAAGUGUCACUCCAACUACGCAUCCUGGUUUAUUGGGUAUUUGCUUAUCAGGGGCUGGUCCAACUAUAUUGGCUUUGGCUACUGAAAAUUUCGAUGAUAUUGCUCAAGAAAUUAUUAAUAGAUUUAGUAAGCAUAACAUUCAAUGUAGUUGGAAAUUACUUGAACCUGCUUACGAAGGUGUCAUCGUGGAACAGCAAUAA